AUGUUUGAAUUAGAUAGUACUACAUCAUUAUCACUGAUUGAAAAAAUUGAUAACCCUAAUGUUGCACCAUUACAUUUGACUCUACCCCUUAAUCAACUGGUUAAUUCCAAGCCACUUCAUGAAACUGUACUCAACAAUUUCAAUAAAACUCAAACUGGUAAGAUUUACGAAAAGGAUAUUAAGGAUAUAUAUUCAAUGAUGCUCAUUUGUUUAAACUUGUCCGAUUCAAACAAGUCAAGAUUUAACAUUCCUAUUAAGAAGAAACAUUUUCCUUAUUCCUUUCAUUGUGAUACUGCAUUGAAUACUAUGGAAAACCUUCUUGUUAGUGUGGAACUUUCAACUGCAACAACUUCAAUUUCUUAUAAUAUAAAGCAUGAUUUAGGUUUUGCACUUCUUAAGAAGUUUUAUGAAGCAAAAUUAUUACAUUCACCAGCUGAUAGAACUAGAAGUGAACCUAAAAAUGGUGUUGUUCUUCAACCAACUCCCAAAGGUGUAUCUAUACUUCUGGAUUUUUGCAAAAAGAUAGGUAUGAAAAGAUCCAAGUUUCCUCCAAUUUUAAGUAGUACCUUCAAUUCAAUGGACUUAUUUAAGUUUGAUAGAGAUGCAUUAACUGAUAAAAUCAUUUAUUCUGAUUAUUUCUUACAUUUAUUAUUCAUUAAAUUGUUUGGAGAUCUGCCUAAUGUUUGGACUUCAAAAAAUCCUCCUGACCAAUUACCUUCUAGAGAUGAAAUCACUGAAACAGAUAUUGGAUUUGGAUUUAAAAUUAGUCACGAUAAAUAUGAUGGAUUUGCUAGUAUUGUUGCUCCAGCUUCAAUUUCAGCACAAACUUUUGGAGGUAAAUCAAGGACUACUAAGUCACAUCACGAAGAAGAGGAAAGCCCAUUUUAUCACCGUUUCUUUACCAAUCCAGAUUCCGAUUCUCAUGUCCAAUACUACGUAUCAUAUGUUGGAGUUAGGCUUAUAAAGGAUAAGGUAUUCAGGACAAAUUAUGGUAAAGAAGUUACUAUUCCAUAUGUAGCUACAGGCAAGGCAAUUUGUCAAUGGUUGUGUGAUUGUACUGAUGUCAUGUCUCAGAAACAUGCUAAAGAGAUUGCAUCAUUACUCUUGAAAUCCAAGUUAAUAAAGCCAAUACUUUUCUCACCAUCUCAAAGUCAACAACUAAAGUUUUGUGCCAAUCGUGACUGUUUCUAUACUUUAUCGAAGUUCGGAGAAGAAGUGUGUUAUUGGAACAAACCAAGCAAAAGAUUACUUGACUUAAACUCUCCCAACUUUCAAAAAAUGAUGCAUUAUGCAAGUAAUGAAAGUAGCCUUGAAGACUAUAUUGAUAAACCAAUUGAAACUAAGGGUUCCAAGAUGUCUUUGCUGUUCGUUAUUAAUGACCCAGGAACACGAUACUUAUUUAGAAAGCAUUUAGAGAAAGAAUUAUGUUCUGAGAAUCUAGAUGCAUAUUUGCAACUUGAAUUAUUUGAAAAGAGUAUUAAAAGAUUGAGAAAGCUUUUGGGUGCAAAAUCGGAAAAAUCGGGGCCAGAAGGUGAAUUCCUUAAUCAACAGUUGAUUAAUAGUUCAAACGUUACAUUGAGUUUAGCCUAUCAUAUUUUCUUUUCAUAUUUAUCUUCUGAAGCUCCAUUUGUAUUGAAUAUUGACUAUAGGUUACGGGCUAAGAUUACUUCCCUUAUGAUUAAGGCAGAUUCGAAUAUUUCACCAAUAGAUGCCUACAGAGACUACUUGAAGACUCCAACCAUGAAAUUUACGUUUGGGAAAGACAUUGACUCCCAACUAACUGAUUCUAAGCCUAGAAUAAGUAGUACAACGGAAGAAGAACAAGCACAAGAACAAGAACAUGAACAUGAACAAGAGGAAGAGGCAGAUGAUACUCUAAACUCAGAAGAACUAGAAACAGGGAUUAUUGCCAACUCAAAAAAUAUCAGAAGUCAGGAUAUCUAUUAUGAAUCCAAGAGCUAUAGUUCAUCUGUCAAUCCAAUUGAUAUGGAUUCUACACUAGGCAAUUUGAAUAAGAUAUCACAAAUCUUUCAAGAGAUAUCAAAACAUAUAUAUCGACUUAUGGAGGUUGAUUCAUUCCCUAAAUUCUUAAGCAGUACGAUGUAUAGAGAUGCCUUUGAAAUCUAA